CUGCUUGCUCUGAUCGGUUGUCUUGCUAGGUUACAGGUAGCUUGAGUGCAAUGCUUUGGCUGGGGCUCGGUGUAAGGCAGGUGGUGGCGCGAGCUUGGAAGGGAACCAUUGUGAUUGGAACGCGGGCCCAUUGUCUCGGCACCGGGGAGGCGGGUGGAGAGGCGCGCGAGGCCCGCUCCGCACUCGCCUCCCUCCUAAGCAUCGCCACAGUGGACCGCUUUAGAGCGGUCACCGUCCACAUGGAGCCCAAGCACUUCCCACCAGAACUGGACGAGGUCAUAUUCCAAAACCUUCUAAAGGAUGCUGUCAAGUACUGGAAAGCAGAAGAAAAGGUGGCAGUCUGGCUGCAUGUUCCUAUUCUGCAGAGCAGAUUUAUAGCUGCAGCAGCUGCUCUAGGGUUCACCUUUCAUCAUGCAGAAAAGGACCAUUCCACACUGGCACUGUGGCUAGCUAAGGGGGAAAGCAAGCUUCCUGCAUAUGCCACACAUCAAGUAGGAGUGGCAGGUGCAGUACUCGAUGAAACUACUGGUAAAGUUCUGGUUGUGCAAGAUAAAAAUAAGAUACUAAAUGCUUGGAAGUUUCCAGGAGGCCUCUCUGAUCUAGGUGAAGAUAUUGGAGAAACAGCUGCCCGAGAAGUAUUUGAAGAAACUGGAAUAAAAUCCAAAUUUAUAUCACUUCUAUGCAUCAGGCAACAGCAUAACCAUCCAGGAGCCUUUGGGAAGUCAGACAUGUACAUUGUUUGUCGUAUGAAAGCUGUCUCGUUUGACAUCAAUUUUUGCCAAGAAGAAUGCUUGCGGUGUGAGUGGAUGGAUCUGGAGGAGCUGGCCAGGAGUGAACACACAACACUUAUAACCAACAGGAUAGCCAAGCUGUUGUUCUUUGGAUACAGGGAAGGCUUUGACAACAUUGAUAUAAAUAUGAGAGAGUUUCCAGCAGUUUAUACAGGCCUUUUCUACAAACUCUAUCACAAAGAAUUACCAGAGAAAUAUGAGAAGCUGAAACCAAUAGAAUCAAAUAGGUUAUGAACGAAAAAUAAUUCUAAAGAUCAAAAAUUCAAUUGUUUCUUGUUUGUCAAAUUACAUAAUUAUUGAGAUGUACAAUGGGUAAAAUGCUAGUUUUGUUCAGUGUUGAGAAGUUUUUGCAACAUUUUUAUUCAAAUGUAUAAAGGCCAGGCUUCUCAAUACAUCACAUCAAUUCCAAAAAAUGACAACAGAUUCCCUCAGGUUUGUAGCCCAAAAGCUUCAGUAUUAGAUUAAAGAUACAUACAAAAUGCCUCAUGAUUGCUAUAAUUGGUUGAUCUUUCUCCCCUUUCUUCAAAUUGUGUGUCUAUGAAUGAACCGACUGCAUAUUUUCAAUUUCUUCUCAAUUUAUAACUUUACAAAUAGGGAAAAGUACUUAAGAAGCAUUUUCAGACCAUGUUUUGCCAUAACAACAACUUGUACUUUUAUAAUGUUUUUAAUAAGGUGAAAUGUCCCAAGGCACUUCACAAGCAUAAUCAUACAAAUUUGACAGCAAUCCACAUAAGAAGUAGGCUUCAAGAAGUAUCUUAAAGGAGAAGAGAUAGGUAGGGAAGCAGGGAGGUUUAGGGAAGGAAUUCUAGAAUUGAGGGUUUAGGCAGUUGAAGGCAUGCUUAUCACUGGUAGGACAAAGGAAACAGGGAAUGCAUACAAGAUUAGAAUCAGAAGAGUUGGAUGUUUGUGGGUGGGAGGGUAUUACAGGGUUGGGGAGGACUUGGAAUAGUUGCCUUUGGAGGUAUAAGCAUAGAUGAGGGUUUCAGCAACAGAUGAGCUGAUGCAGGUGCAAUAGACAGUCUUCAUGAUGGAGAGGAUAUGUGGUCGGUAGCUCAGCUCAAGCCAAAUAGGACAAAUAGUAAGGUUGCAAAGAGUCUGGUCCAAGCUCAGAUAAUGGCCAAUGAGGGGCAUGUAAACAUUGAUGUGGGAACAAAGUUUGUGGCAGAAGCUGUAGACAAUAGCUUCACACAUCAGGUCUAAAUUGGAUCUUUACUGCUUUGAAAAUAGUGCUAUUGGCAAAUGGAAACCAAAUUAUGGCAAGCUAUAUCAAUUUAAUUUACAUCAUCUUCAAGAAUAUUAUUUAGACUAUAAUGCCUUCCACAUGAAAAUAAUUUGUGAACAAUUAUACAGAAUGCCUGAUUUCUAUAACAUAUAAGGGAGAAGAGACAAAAAUAACCACCCUAGCAGAUUCACUUCAGUCUCAUUAUAAUGUACGGGCUGGAAGGGGAGGGGGCUGGGGAGAAGAAAGAAAUGGAUCUAAACAGUGUGUGUGUGUGUUUAACAAAGGUGUUCAUUAGAGACUGUACUUGUAAUGGUGCUGCUGUUUUUAAUUUCCAAUCAGUGCUGCAUUGUGUGUGUUGGUUGACUUUUGAACUUGUCAGUGUCACAAACACAGUUUAGAACACUUGUUAGUUAUAUAAACUGUCCCUUCACUGUAACUAUUAAAGCACAGCUACAAUGUUGUAUGUUCAUUUUCUGUAACAGAAAGUUCAUAACCCUGAAAGGUUCAUUAGUUUUACUCAACAUAUAUUAAUCCACGCUACUUUUAGUUAAUGUUAAUGGUUAUGUCUACACUUAUUGAUCAAGACCUUAGUUAUGAAGGACUAGGGUCCAACCUAAUGUACAUAUAUUCAUUUAUGUCAUCUACACUGAUCAUUACUUUUGUUUGGUGUCUCCCAUUCGCUCCAACCUACAAUUCAGAAAAGCCACAGUAUAUGUUGCAGCCCUCAAAGUUAAACACAAAUUUGCUAGUAAUUCAAAGGAAAGUAAAACAGCAUCCCUAAACUGAACAUAAGAACAUUUCCCCCACACCUUUUAGAUAGUUAUUGAUACAUCCUGUAAGUUAAAUACUUAGAACUCUGCACAUACCACAUGAAACAAAGAACCAAUGAAUUAUUGAAGUUUAUAUAAAAAAUGAAAUAUUUUAAUCUAGCAGUACGGAACUUGAAACAUCUACAUUUUUGAUUCUAUCCAUGUACCUACUGUCAGAUCAAAUAGUUUCAGGGAAUCAAAUGUAGAAUUUGACAGAGGCUUUAGUGUACGUGACCCUUUGAAUCACUCAAUAAGUAAAUACUGUAUCACAGCAUCAACCUUAUCUCUAAAUCAAAAUAAUUGUAUUAUACAGUUGAGCUAAAAUGAAUUAUUAAUGAUUUAUCACAUAAACCAGUAUAUUGGAUUAUAUACAGGACACUUUUAAAUUGGUGCUUAACUCUAUGAUUUGAAGAAACAAAUGUGAUAAUAUUUUACUAAAAUCACAUUUCGUAUAGCGUGAUAUUGCACAGCUGAUUUACUGCAGUUUGUAAAACUGCCAAAACAACUCAAGAGCAUGACGACAAAAUACUGUGUGUACUGGUGCCUUUCACAGCAAUAAAACAGUUAUGUGAAU